AAAAAAAUGCUAAGUUAUAAAUCGCUCAAACUACAAUAAACGUUGGCAGACGGGUGAGGAACGUGGUAUCAGUUGAUAAGACAACCGAGACGCUUCACGCUUGUGGUUUGGCCCUUCACUCUCUCCAUCCGCUAGUCGAGGGGAUAGAGGGGGUAGUAGAGGGGGAGGGUGCAGACUGGGUGACCCCCAUCCCAACCUAUGACUCACGGGCAGAGGCGGAGACUCCAUAUCGGAUUCACCACCGGAGGGACCGUCCCGUACUCACUCCUCGGACUGCUCCGUGUGCUCCAAAAAAACAUUUUAACUUCUCCCCUCCGACACCAGCGAAGCUACGUUUUCUAUCUGUGUACGCGUUGUUUACAAUGUGAAGAAGAAUGGCCGGGACAAGCUCUGAUUGGGUGGAGAUCCUGGAGCCACGCUCCCGCGAGCGCAUGUAUGUGAAUUUGACCAGCGGCGAGUGCGGCUGGGAUCCCCCCGGCGUUCCUGUCCGACAGGCAGACGGCAACCAGUGGUGGGAGCUCUUCGACCCCCACAGCGGCCGCUUCUACUACUACAACUCCACUGGGCGCCGCACAGUCUGGCAUCGACCCCAGGGAGCCGAUAUAGUUCCCCUCUCCCAGCUCCAGGCCAUGAGACGAUGCAGUGAGGCCAAGCGGGCUGGAGGAAGCGUGGACAGGCCCCACCAUGGGACCACGGGGAGUAUCGGCAGCGUAGGGAGCCAGGGGCGCUUCACACCUCUGCCCGAGCAGGACGGAGACAGCCCUGUCCCCAGAGCUCCGGAGUCCAACGAGGAGGCUGCCAACCCCGAGCUGGACCCGGCAGUGGACAGCAGAUCGCAGGGAGACGGAAGCAGCACCGAAAACAGCGCAGACGGCAGUAAAGACCCACAGAGGGAUGCCUCUCAAAGAUGGCAGCCUGCACCUGGUUCUAAGGCGGCCAUGUUGGUGAAGGUGAACAGCAUGAGUCGUAGCCAGCCCAUCCCAGCCUUGCAGCAGCAGCAACACCUCCAGCACAGUGCACAGAGCAAAGCCAACACCUUCACCCUGCACCCACCCAGCAACAAGCCCGAGGGAGGACACUUAAGCUCUACCCAGGGAUAUAAAACUGCCCCCUCUGGCAAAAUGGCCACCGACACACGUCAGGCCCAUCACCUGAGAAAAGCCAGCAACGGCAGCUUCUGUUUGGUGACAUCAGACAGUAGCCAUCCCAGUCCACUUCUUCACCGGUCACAGACCAGCACACCGUGCCCCGUCUCUCCCCAGUAUGGUUGCACUACACCAAUCUAUGACGAGCCAGUUUCAGAGUGUCCCAUAUAUGACGAACCCCCGACAGACAUGGAAGUAGAGGGGGCGCACCUGUACAAUGGACAUCCUCUGUCUCGGUUGACGCCUACCCAUAGCCUCCAAAAGCCCAGACACCUCCAGCACCCUGGUCCUUCUCAUCCAGGGUCCAGACACAGGAGGAAUCCCUCCGCCUCUGACUACAGCCCAGCUGGUCUGGAGUGCAUUAAGCACAUGAUCAACGUGGACCCCAAACAGGGGCUGCUACCUGGCUCUCCUGCUCCCACACGUACCUCUUCCCCUACAUCCCGGCAGGAUCCUGUCAUGACCCAGCCUCAGCCACAUCCACAGCCCCAGGCCCACUCUUUGCCUCAGACUCGAGGCCCGUCAAGGGACAGAGAGCCAGGGACCCCAGGCCCAAGUACACUGGACAAGAAGCAGAGCUGGCGGGUCCUUGAGGCCACUGUCCAGCGCGCCAUGGAGGCACGACACAGCCGGCAGAGCAGUCAGGUCUCGCAGGACUUCCCCUCCUCAACCCCCCAGGCCACAGCAAACUAUCAAGACUCUGGUUACUCCACCGGCCCCUCUCCAAGUCUGAGAAGAAAGAGCAGGAGGAGGGUAGGAGCCGGUGGUGUUGCAGGAGGGCGGCCGGGGUCGGUUGGCAGCAGCGGGGAGCUGUGCGCCCUCAACGAGAGGCUCAUGGCCGAAAUGAGGGAGGUGGUGAGUCGCUCCAACACCAUGAGGGAGGUGAGAGCGGGGCUGGACCCGGAAAUGGGGGAGAGGGUUGUCGUGCCCCGGACGCGAUCCCCUGCGGACUCACUCAGGUGGUACGGAGGAGCGGGAGGGGGAUCAGCAAGCAGCUGCACAUCAAGGGAGGAACUCACCGGAGCGCCCCGGUCACUGAGUAGGGCAGGUAACCAUGGCAACCCCGCGCUGACCCCUCUGGAGAUACCAGGGAGGCAGAAAAGGACCUAUGAAAAGGUGGACACCUUGGAGAUGAGCGUGAAUAGCCAGGCCAGCCUGUCCUCGCCAGAGACCCCAGGGCCGCCCUCCCAGGAGGGCACCCUGGAACUGCAGGCUCAGUUGGAGAGCAGAAGGAAAGGCAUGGUGGAGGGACGGACCGCUUCCCUGGGCCCUCACCGCCCCGCCAACCAUGACAACAGGGAGGAAGGCGACGGGGCAGGAGGAAGAGCAACGGGAUCCUCCUACCAGCUCUGCUACGCCACCCUGCGGCAGCCCCCGCCUCCCAACACGGGCAUGGAGGACUGGGCCAGCAAGCACCUCAACAUGCACACGCAAGGCCUGUUCCGUCGGCGCGUCUCCAUCGCCAACAUGCUGUCGUGGAACCGCGGGUCCAUCAAAAAGCCCAUGCUGGUCACCAGCAACCGCGCCGUCAGGAAGGAGGCCUGCGAGAUGUUCAAGCUGGUGCAGGCCUACAUGGGAGACAGGCCCUCGCGUCUGGACCGCCGUCACUGUGCCCUCAUCAUCAUCACCAAGUGCUGGGACAUGCCGGGGCUGAGGGACGAGCUGUACAUACAGCUGGUGAGGCAGACCACAGGCAACGCCACCCCCAGGAGCUUGGCGGCAGGCUGGGAGCUGAUGGCCGUCAGCAUGGCGUUCUUCGCCCCUUCUCCCAAGUUCCGCUGCUACCUGGAGGGCUACAUCCAGAGACACACGGAGCCAACCAGCGACAAGAAAUGUGAGUCUCAGACUGAGCAACAGGUGACUCAGUUCAUAUUGGAGCAGCAGGAACUAAAGCUGAAGAAGAAUUCAAAGUCCAGAAAGAAGAGGAAACAGAAUUCAGAUGAUGACGACGGUCUGCCUAUCAGCACAUAUGCCAAGUUCUGCUAUCGGAAACUGCAGAAGGUGGCGAUCACCGGAGGCAAAAAGGGUCUUCGUAAGCCCACCUUGGAGGAGAUCGACCACAGUAGGAGGGCCAUCGUCACUCCCUCCCUGUUUGGCAGUUCUCUGGAGGAGGUGAUGGAGAGGCAGAGCGAGCUCUUCCCCGAUAGGAAACUGCCCUGGGUGCAGGUUCAGCUUUCCCAGUAUGUCCUGGCUCUGGGCGGAGCUCAGACGGAGGGCAUCUUCAGAGUGCCUGGAGACAUUGAUGAAGUGAAUGCGCUGAAGCUCCAGGUAGACCAGUGGAGGAUCCCAGAGAAUCUCUCUGAUCCCAACGUUCCUGCCUCUCUGAUGAAGCUGUGGUAUCGGGAGCUGGAGGAACCUCUCAUCCCCAUGAACUUCUACAAGCAGUGUGUCAGCAACUGUGACGACCCAGUGGCGGCCAUCGCUGUGGUUCAGUCUCUGCCUGAGUUAAACCGGCUGGUGCUCUGCUACUUCAUCCACUUCCUGCAGGUUUUCGCUCAGCCAUCCAACGUGGCUAUAACCAAGAUGGAUGUGAACAACCUGGCCAUGGUGAUGGCCCCCAACUGCCUUCGAUGCCAAUCCGACGACCCGCGCGUCAUCUUCGAGAACACGCGCAAGGAGAUGUCCUUCCUGAGAAUGCUAAUCGUUCACCUGGAGACGAGUUUCAUCGAAGGGGUGGUGUAGACACCUCGGGGGCUGAAUCAGCAUCUCCAGUUACACAUUUACAAUCAUGCACAAACACUGUUUUUUUUUUUGUUCAGACCACACUGGAAGCUCUCUGGGUGAGAUAUUACAACACGAGCAGUGUGGAACAGCUCAGACUUUGGACCCUUGUUCUCACUUGCCUUCUUACUGAGAGACAAAAACGCAUCACCUUAGGUUUCACUGUGUUUUUGAUACUGAAAUCAACAGUGAUGUCUUUAAAGUGUCUCACUUUAAUGACCGUAUUUUCUAAGUGCUGCAUGUGGAAACAGAUUGACUCUUUCAUUUCUAACUGAAUGGAUAGUACUACAGUUUAACAGGACAAACGGGCUGUGUAAAGUGAGUCUUUGAGUAUUUACUUCAGAAGUAAUCGCAAUAACAAUAAACCUAGACAGCAGUGUUGACAUUUUGGUGCGUGUGUGUGUGUGUGUGUGCAUGUGUGUGUGUGUGAGAUUGUCUGAGCGUGUAAGAAAGACACAGCCUUCAUUUAUCAUGUACAGAAAAAUGUAGAAUAUAAAAAGUAAAAGAACUCUUGUAAUGGUGUCUUAUUCAUAAGCUUGCCUGUGCUGUUUGAGUAGUUGUACUGAUAGCUGGUUUCCUUGUAUAUCAUUUUACGAGGCACAAGAAGCCGCUCCGCCACAACCACUCUGAGUACAGAGCCUACAUUUCAAAGCACAAACUGGAAGGAUGUGCAGAGAGCUCUUUGUAACGGAUGGUGGCCAUUUCCUAGGAAAAUAAUCUCGGUAGUGCUUUGAUUUAACAACUCUAAACACUUAAGUGGUGCCAGACAAGAGUGUUGUAAUUAAAGUGUAUGUCAUAGCGAUGUGGGAGGUUGCUAAUUCAACUGAUAAUACUGUUUCUCUAUUAUCUAUAUAAAAAAAAUCUUUCAAUUGGAUUUGUGUUCUCUUUUGUUUAUGGUCUGUAUGUUUUUUUUGGCUCAGGUCUUCUAAUAAAACGGGUGUUGGAUGUGAUAACUGUACAUGGCCUCCCUCACAGACUGAACAUUCAAUUAAUCUACCAGAAACCCCUUUACUAACAAUGGAGUUUUGAUCAACCGUCAAGCACUAUGAGAAUGUAGAUUAAUCUUUUUGUGUCCCCUCUCAGGCUUUGCCUAUUUGUAAAUAAAUCACCAGUGUAAAUAGUAUUAACUCUCCUAAAUUGUAUUCUAAUGAUGCAGGUUAAUGGUGAACUUAAAUGUUGCUUUAAAUAGCAAUAAAAAGUGUUUUUGUAAUUUACUGUUAUUUCUCUGCUGUAACCGCCUGCCUUUUGAACAUAGGACGGAUUAAAACCACUCUGUGUGCGUGUGUGUGUGUGUCUUGUUAUAAUAUGGAAUG